CCCUUUUGUGCCUUCAUCACCUUUCUUUUGCCUUGCUCUCUGUGUUGACCAUGAAAGGUUUUUCAAUCCAAGUCAAGUGGUGGAAUGGCUUUUAUUGAUUUUGGGGGCUGUUGACGGUGAGUUUGCCAUUGGAUUAUUUGUGGCAUACAUUUUAAUGUGGAAUACUAAUGCGAAACCAGGAGGAAACCGGUCGUUGGGCUUCAUCUGUGAAAAGAUGCCAGUUAACUCAAAGCUUUACAGAGGGGAUGAUAGAAAAUGUCGAAUGCCUUAAAAGAGUGCGGUUAGAUGUGAGCUGGCAUUUUUGUGCACCCUCCCAAACCCUAGGCUUUAGCUGAGCAGAGAAGAAAGCAGUAAUGAGUUUAGGAAAGUGAAGAACAAAGGCAGUGGGAGCUGACUGGGGAACACUAAGCAUUUUGCCUUGGGGUUCCUUGUGGAAAAAACAGCAACUUCCCUAAACAGGAAACCAGCAGCUCCAGAAUCAUCUCCAAGAUUAUCUCAACAUCGGAUAGAACUAGUUCUGUCUCCUGGUUUGGUGAAAGUACAGUCAAGAGGAGCCCAUAGAAGACAUGAUUGAAAAUAAAUGUCUCCCUGCUUUGAAGAGGGCGUUUUGUUCCUCUUUGCAUUCAGCAGAAUAGAGUCUUUUCAGAAAUGCCGAGGAUCUUAGAAUUGGUUAAGUUGUGUGCUGGCAGUUGGUGGGCAGAGUAUCUGCAGUGAAGGGUGUCAAGUAUGCAAGCGUUUUUAUUGUUAGAAAUUUUUUCAUAUGAUUGCAGAGCGUCCAGUGUGGGGAAAAAACUGGCAAAAAGGGAACAAGAGUGUGGGGUUAGCUCAGAGUACUCUGUGUAGUAUUUAAUAGAGAUAAAUGUAAUCUUGGACUGAUACACCAGUAAAUAGCUUACAUGAUGGAACAAAAUUCUUUACAAAUCACUGUGCUAAAAUUGUUUUUCAAUUCGACAUCAUUUUUGACUGCCAGAGGUUCUGUGUCUGAGUGUGGCAGAAAUCUGCUUGCAAAGCAGAUCGCAGUCCAUGUUGCAUGAUAUGCUGUUCCUGCUUUUCUGGUGCCAACUAAAACUCCGAUGGCUAAUAUGAUAAACCUUAAUUAGCUUAAGACAGUAAGCUGUUUUAUAAUUUAGUCCUUCACUCCUGUCUUUAGAAAGUCAGUGAUUUUUAUUUAACUUUGACAGCCAACUCCUUGCGAUGGGUAUUUCGUGAUAAUAUGUUUAAAGCCCUCUCUGUAAGGCAUUGCAUGUCACAGAAUGUUCUGGUCUACUCUCUCUGUGGUUUUUAGCUUUGUUACUCCCCCUCCCCCCAGGAGGCUCCUGGAAAUAGCAUUUGUUUUGCAUUUAGGCAGUCUUUUCAGCUGCAAAUGCUGUUUGAGGUUGGAGAGCUGGUUCUCUAGGGUAGGAAUCGGAAGCUCAUCUUGGGUUGAGGUCUGUCUCAGGUGGCAGUCUCCUGCUGAGGUGUAAGAAUGUAGCAGGCCCAGGUCUCCGGGAGAGGAGCGGAGAGUUUUCUGGGCUUGGGAAUAGAGUGUGGAGAGUAAGCAACAGCAUUCUGUCUCCUGGAAGAGCCAGGAGGGAACAGGGUGUCAUCCACACUUGGGGCCGGGGCCUGUGCGUUGCUGCCGCUGCCACUGUCGCUGUGUGGGCAGCCACACCUGGAGCCUGGAGCCCAGCGCCUGGUUGGGAUUGCCUGCAGCAGUCUUCAAGGAGGAUGGGCAGGCCGUCUCCUCUGGAGAAGGACUGUAACAUCUGAUCAAAUUCAUGACCAUGGGGGAUAUGAAGACCCCAGACUUUGAUGACCUCCUGGCAGCAUUUGACAUCCCAGAUAUGGUCGAUCCCAAAGCAGCUAUUGAGUCUGGACACGAUGACCAAGAAAGCCACAUCAAGCAGAAUGCUCAUGGAGAUGACGACUCCCACACACCAUCCUCGUCCGACGUUGGCGUCAGUGUUAUUGUUAAGAAUGUUCGGAACGUUGAUUCCUCUGAGGGCACGGAGAAAGAUGGCCACAACCCCACAGGCAAUGGCUUACAUAAUGGGUUUCUCACAGCAUCCUCUCUUGACAGUUAUAGUAAAGAUGGAUCGAAGUCCUUGAAAGGAGAUGUGCCUACCUCAGAGGUGACUUUGAAAGACUCAACUUUCAGCCAGUUUAGCCCUAUCUCAAGUGCUGAGGAGUUUGAUGACGAUGAGAAGAUAGAGGUGGAUGACCCCCCUGAUAAAGAGGACUUGCGUUCAAGUUUUAGAUCGAAUAUGUUGACGGGGUCGGUUCCCCAACAGGACUAUGAGAAACUAAAAGCACUUGGAGGGGAAAACUUAAGCAAACCUGGAAUCUCUACUUCAGGCAAUAUAGAUAAGAGCAAAGUUGUGAAGAGAGAGACAGAAACAAAUUCUAUAAAUCUGAGUGUUUAUGAACCUUUUAAAGUCAGAAAAGUGGAGGAUAAAUUGAAGGAAAACUCUGAAAAGGUGCUUGAAAACAGGGUGCAUGAUGGGAAGCCGAGCUCCGAGAAGAAUGGCGCCACCCUCGGUGGCGUGGCGCCGUUGAGGACAAGGCCGUCCUCCAAGCUUUCCUCGUGCAUAGCUGCCAUCGCAGCGCUGAGUGCUAAAAAGGCUGCUUCUGACUCCUGUAAAGACCCGGUGACCAAUUCACGGGAAUCCUCUCCGUUACCAAAAGAAGUAAAUGAUAGUCCUCGAGCCAUGGACAAGUCUCCUGAAUCCCAGAGUCUCAUCGAUGGGACGAAAAAAGCAUCCCUAAAGCAGCCGGAUAGUCCCAGGAGCAUUUCAAGUGAAAACAGCAGCAAGGGAUCGCCAUCCUCUCCCGCAGGAUCGACACCAGCAAUUCCCAAAGUCCGCAUAAAAACCAUUAAGACGUCUUCUGGGGAAAUAAAGAGAACCGUGACAAGGGUAUUGCCAGAAGUUGAUCUCGACUCUGGGAAGAAGCCUUCUGAGCAGACGGGGUCGAUGAUGGCGUCUGUGACGUCACUUCUGUCAUCUCCAACUUCGGCUGCCGUCCUUUCCUCUCCCCCCAGAGCGCCCCUGCAGUCGACAGUCGUCACCAACGCAGUGUCCCCUGCAGAGCUAACCCCCAAACAGGUCACUAUUAAGCCUGUGGCAACUGCCUUCCUCCCAGUGUCGGCCGUGAAGACGGCGGGUUCUCAAGUCAUUAAUUUGAAGCUCGCUAACAACACGACGGUCAAAGCCACGGUCAUCUCUGCUGCCUCUGUUCAGAGCGCCAGCAGCGCCAUCAUUAAAGCUGCCAACGCCAUCCAGCAGCAAACCGUCGUGGUGCCAGCAUCCAGCCUGGCCAACGCCAAACUCGUGCCAAAGACUGUGCACCUCGCCAACCUUAACCUUCUGCCUCAGGGCGCCCAGGCCACUUCUGAGCUCCGCCAAGUGCUAACCAAACCUCAGCAGCAAAUAAAGCAGGCAAUAAUCAAUGCAGCAGCCUCACAACCACCCAAAAAGGUGUCUCGAGUCCAGGUGGUGUCCUCCUUGCAGAGUUCCGUGGUGGAAGCUUUCAACAAGGUGCUGAGUAGCGUCAACCCAGUCCCAGUUUACAUCCCCAACCUCAGUCCUCCUGCUAACGCAGGCAUCACGUUACCGACCCGCGGGUACAAGUGCUUGGAGUGUGGCGACUCCUUUGCUCUCGAGAAGAGUCUGACUCAACACUACGACAGACGCAGCGUGCGCAUCGAAGUAACGUGCAACCACUGUACCAAGAACCUCGUUUUUUACAACAAGUGUAGUCUCCUCUCCCACGCCCGUGGGCACAAGGAAAAGGGAGUCGUAAUGCAGUGCUCCCACUUGAUUUUAAAGCCAGUCCCAGCAGAUCAAAUGAUUGUUUCUCCAUCAAGCAAUACUUCUGCUUCAUCUUCCGCUCUUCCGAGCUCUGUGGGAACCAGCACACACACUGUCACAAAAAUUCAGUCUGGCAUAACUGGGACGGUCAUAUCGGCUCCUUCCAGCACACCCAUCAUUCCAGCUAUGCCUCUAGAUGAAGACCCAUCCAAGCUCUGCAGGCAUAGUCUGAAAUGUUUGGAGUGUAAUGAAGUUUUCCAGGACGAGACCUCGUUGGCUACUCAUUUCCAGCAGGCUGCAGAUGCGAGUGGCCAAAAGACUUGCACCAUCUGCCAGAUGCUGCUUCCUAACCAGUGCAGUUAUGCAUCCCACCAGAGAAUCCAUCAGCACAAAUCUCCCUACACCUGCCCUGAGUGCGGGGCCAUCUGCAGGUCGGUGCACUUCCAGACCCACGUCACCAAGAACUGUCUGCACUACACGAGGAGAGUUGGGUUUCGAUGUGUACAUUGCAAUGUUGUGUACUCUGAUGUGGCCGCACUGAAGUCUCACAUUCAAGGUUCUCACUGUGAAGUCUUCUACAAGUGUCCUAUUUGUCCAAUGGCAUUUAAGUCUGCCCCAAGUACACAUUCCCAUGCCUACACACAGCAUCCUGGCAUCAAAAUAGGAGAACCAAAAAUAAUAUACAAGUGUUCCAUGUGCGACACUGUAUUUACCCUGCAAACCCUGCUGUAUCGCCACUUUGACCAACACAUCGAAAACCAAAAGGUGUCUGUUUUCAAGUGUCCAGACUGUUCUCUUUUAUAUGCACAGAAGCAACUCAUGAUGGACCAUAUCAAGUCUAUGCAUGGAACAUUGAAAAGUAUUGAAGGGCCUCCAAACUUGGGUAUAAACUUGCCUUUGAGCAUUAAGCCCACAACUCAAAAUUCAGCAAAUCAAAACAAAGAGGACACCAGAUCCAUGAAUGGGAAAGAGAAAUUGGAAAAGAAAUCUCCAUCUCCUGUGAAAAAAUCAAUGGAACCCAAGAAAGUGGCCAGUCCUGGCUGGACAUGUUGGGAGUGUGACCGCCUGUUCACUCAGAGAGAUGUUUACAUUUCCCACGUGAGGAAGGAGCACGGGAAGAUAACCCUCCUUCCACCACUUCACAGAAACUCCACAAGCCACAACCCUCUGACGCCAACUUCCACAAGCAAACUGCAGGCCUUUUUCAAGCAAAUGAAAAAACACCCUUGCCGCCAGUGUGACAAAUCCUUCAGCUCGUCGCACAGCCUGUGCCGCCACAAUCGGAUCAAGCACAAAGGCAUCAGGAAAGUUUAUACCUGCUCGCACUGCCCAGACUCCAGGCGUACCUUUACGAAACGGCUGAUGCUGGAGAAGCAUAUCCAACUCAUGCAUGGUAUUAAGGACCCGGACUUGAAGGAAAUGACAGAAGCCGCCAAUGAGGAGGAAACGGAAAUAAAAGAAGAUACCAAGGUUCCCAGUCCCAAGCGGAAGUUGGAAGAACCAGUUUUAGAGUUCAGACCUCCCAGAGGAGCGAUUACUCAGCCACUGAAAAAGCUCAAGAUAAAUGUUUUUAAGGUCCACAAAUGUGCCGUGUGCGGCUUCACCACCGAGAAUCUGCUGCAGUUCCACGAGCACAUCCCUCAACACAAGUCGGACGGCUCCUCCCACCAGUGCCGCGAGUGCGGGCUCUGCUACACGUCGCACGUCUCCCUGUCCAGGCACCUCUUCAUCGUGCACAAGCUGAAGGAGCCGCAGCCGGUGUCCAAGCAGAACGGGUCCGGGGAGGACAGCCAGCAGGAGAACAAGCCCAGCCACGAGGACGAGUCGCCCGACGGCGCGGCCUCAGACAGAAAGUGCAAAGUGUGCGCCAAAACGUUUGAAACGGAAGCUGCCUUAAACGCUCACAUGCGGACACAUGGCAUGGCCUUCAUUAAAUCCAAAAGAGUGAAUUCAGCUGAGAAAUAGCCACAGACCUUCCCUAAGGAAAAUCCCUGUCCACAUUGGAAUAAAAAAGACAUUUUUGUUACAAAAAGUCUGCAGUAUAAUCGAGUUCGCAGUACUGUCUAGGCUGUUGCAAUAUAUUCUCCUUCAAUGUACGUUCUCCACCUCAUCGUAUAUAUCCUUGAUAAGUAUUAAAACAGUAUUUGAGUUUAAAAGAGUUUGUAUAUAUUUAAAUGAAUAACUUUUUAUACUCUUUGUUACAUGUUUGUAUCAGUAUUUAGUGGAAAAUGUUUUUUUUUUUUUUUCCUGGGUUAGAAUUUUUCUUUUUGUACUGUUUAUUUACAACAGAGUUCUUAGCAACAGGGGCAGUUCCUGAAUUCAAAUAAACCAUUUUGUAUGUUACAGAUUUGAAUGGGUUAACUAAUUACAGGCUAAGAUAAUGCCUUUUUUAGUGUUUUUAAUUUUUAGAUUUCACUACAUAAAUUGUAAGUGAUUGUGGGUCUCAAAACACUAGGGACUUUUAAGUGUCUUAGCACCAUCCUCAACGUGCCUGCUCUAAGUCAGGGGGUGCACAUUGCAGACAGGACCACACUCCGCGUGUGGCAUUUUUUCCAGGCCAUGCCAAACAGUGUUUAAGGCAGCCUUGCAGGUAGCUUCUUUCCCCAUGGUGGAUAAAAACGUAGGCCAGAAAUCCAGCAAGGAAUGUGGAUUUCCUUAAUUCCAUCUUAGAACGGGGAAGAAGGGUAUUCUAAAGGGAAAAAAACGGGGCUGGUAGUUUUCUGAGCAAAUUUGCAAGGCUGGCUUAAAGAGCACAAGGAGAUAAAGUUACGAAAGGGCUGGACUACUGUAAAAGUUACAAAUAUGUAGUUAGACCAAUAGAUUUAUCUAGUCAAGUUUUUGUCAUGUAAUUUAUUAACUAUUACAAAGACACAACUAAAGAUAUCAAGUAUUUCUCUGGCUCUUGACAGGAAAAAAAAUCACAGUUGACUUAACCCUUUGCUGUCUCAAGAGUUGGUGUUUCCUGUUCUGGGUGCUACUGCCAAACGUCCUGGUACUUAGAGCUGGGAUGCACAACUUCAACCACCGACUUAUCAAUGCAGCAGCCUGCGCGUCGCAGCCGUUCAAUUAAGCACUGAGCCACCUGGGUUUAGUUCGGUCAUUUGAAUAAGUCUCUUUCGUAUUGGUGGUUCUCCUUUAUUGAAGUGCAGCAGAGGUACUCUUCUGUCCCUUCUAUUUGUAGUUCUCUGGGAGAGUUAUAUUUUUUGGGUUUCGUUUUGUGUUUUCUUUUGCAUUUUAUAUCUUGUAUUUAUCCCUCAACAUGUUUUGUACUUUUUUUUUUUUUUUAAGAAAAGAAAUUCUUUUGUGUAUAUAUAGAUACUUGCAUGAUAUACUGUAGUCUAUGUUCGGUUCCUCAAAGGUCUUGCUGCUGUCAGGUGUCAUGCACUACGUCCAUCCUAACUGUAUUAAACACAUUUCAUAUGUAAAUAAACGUGGGACAUUUGGCCCUUGUG